AUGAACAGAAUUGCAGACGCACUGUCGAGGUUACCGAGCGCUUCACCAACACUAGCGAGGAGCGUCUCUGAUCUGCGCAGCCUCGGUGUCGCUGGUAAUCAUAGACAAGGUGUUGUUCAUAUAGGCAGGAAGAACUGGCUGUUUCGUGCGUUGGAAGAACGUGGCAGCUUCCACGUCCGUCAUGUUAUGUUCUCCGGCGAGACGUAA